AUGAAGUCCGAUAUUGAAUCUUUGCCCCUGAUAAAGCUGAAUUCCUCGUCUGAUGCUUCUUACAAACGGCCCAGAACGUGCCGCAGGGUGCGGAGCACAAUCACGGCGCUUGUCUCCUUAACAUGGGACAGAGUCCUCUCCUGCAUUGCAGAGACUCGCGACAUAGCCAUGGGAAUGGGCCUUGUCGCCGGCCAUCCACCUUCCCACUUCUCAAGCUGGUUCACACAAGGUAUCAACCAUGUACCCUGCCACUCACAUAACGACUACUGGCACCGCGUCCCUCUGCUCUCCGCCCUGAUGGCGGGCUGUUCGAGCGUGGAGGCGGAUGUCUGGCUGGACGGCCCUGAUCUUCGUGUCGGCCAUACGUCCUCGACACUGCUGGAGGGACAUACGUUUCGAAGUCUCUAUCUAGACCCAUUGCUGCAGAUUCUGGAGAAGAAUAACCCGCUCCCGUCUACAUCUAACGCAUCUCCUUCUGCGCCGGGAUCUGCGUCUGUACAGGGAAGAAGAACGAGACGAAGACGAGAAGAUGAGCUUGUCGGCUUGUUCGGCAAUGAUCCCGCUCAGACCUUGACUAUUCUCGUCGACUUUAAGGACGAUCCUGAGAGGAUUUGGGACGCACUCAUGCAGGAUUUGAAACCGCUGCGCGAAGCGGGGUUCUUGAGCUUCUUUAAUGGCUCCGAGAGGAUUGUUCGGCCUGUUACCAUCGUUGCUACGGGCGAGGCGCCGUUUCACCGGAUUCUGGAGAAUGAGAAUCAUCGAGAUAUCUUCUAUGAUGCGCCAUUGGAUAAAGUUACUUAUUUUUCUGAAUUUGGUGCCGGUGUUGAGGGAUCUGAUUUCGCUCAGGGUGGGUCGGAUGAGUUUGUUUACAAUAGUGAGAACAGUUAUUAUGCUUCUGUCGACUUUCGGAGGGCCAUCGGGCCUCUUCCGCUUAAUAGGAUGACGCAGGAUCAGCUGGCGAGGUUGCAGAGUCAGGUUAGUGCGGCUCAUGCGCGAGGCUUGAAAGUUAGAUACUGGGGUACGCCGAGUCGGCCUAUUGGGUUGAGGAACUAUGUUUGGCGGGCUUUGGUGCGUGAAGGUGUGGAUGUUCUUAGCGUGGAUGAUGUGUAUGCGGUGACGAUGGAAGACUGGAGCUCUCCAGGCUGGUUGCGUUCAACUUGA